GACGGCACUGCUGAGCCGGUCGACAUCAUAGCAGUCCACAGCCUCAAUGGAAACCCGUACUCCACAUGGACACAUCCUGCCAACGGCAGCAUGUGGCUCAAGGAUAUCUUGCCCUCCUAUGUCCCAGGCGCCCGCGUAUUCACAUUCGGCUACGCCUCAAGGACCGUGCGCAAUCCCUUGAUCGCAACCGUGCCCGAUUUUGCUAGGGCUUUGCUUGAUUCUCUGAGGAACCUCCGGCAGGAAGGAAGCGAGCGAGCCACAAUCUUCGUAUGCCAUGGUCUUGGCGGCAUCGUCUGCAAACAGGCACUGGUGUUUGCACAUCUGGACCAGAAGCGCUCUGGCGCAGUGCUCGAUUCCAACGUUGGUGUCGUCUUCCUCGGCGCACCCCAUUCUGGCAGCAGCCUGGUUGAUGUGGAAGGCACGAUCGGCCGUGUCAUCAACAUCCUGUCAGCAACG